AUGAAGCCGUCCCCCCUCCCCCUGUCCGCCGACCCCCCACCCCAGGACAAGGAGAACCUGAAGAUGAUGAUGAACCUCUUGAGAGACAAGAGUCCAAACAUUCAGUACGAGGCGUUUCACGUCUUCAAGGUGUUCGUGGCCAACCCUAAGAAGCCGCGGGAAGUGACCAAGAUUCUGGUCAACAACAAGGCCAAGCUCAUCGCGUACCUGGAGAAUUUCCACAACGAUAGGGACGACGCGCAGUUUAAGGAGGAGAAGAAGCUCCUUGUGAGCACCCUGUCGUUGCUUCAGCUGGAAAACGCCGGGAGCGCCGGCGGCAGUGGUAGCGGCGGUGGCGGCGGCGGCGGCGGCGGCGGCGGCGGCGGCGCAGGGGGUCACCAGCGCGCAGCCUCCGCGGCGCCAUCCACUAGCGGCGGUGGCGGAAGCGCGCAUCACAGUCGCACGUCGUCGGCAGCAUCUUCGUCGUCGUUGGGGGGGGGGGGAGGGGGAGGGGUAAAGGGGGCGAAACCACACCACCGCAGAACCUCGUCGACCUCCUCGUCGUCUUCUUCUUCCAAGCCUAGCGCAAAAAGAUGA